AUGACGAUACCCUCGCCGAGGUUCGUUUGCUUCCACGCUCCAGUUCGUGCGGUAAGACCGAGGAAAGUGGGGGAACGGGUCGUCCGGAGAAGGUAUGUGAGUUCUGCGCGUAUCGAGAUGACGCCCGGUAGAUUCUUUAGGGACUCGACUUCGUCAGCAGUGAAGGAAGCCGAGAAGCCGCUGAUGGCGUGCUUGUACGAGUGGAUUAGGGAGUGGUCGGGAACGAAAGAGUUUGUUAGCUCGUGGUUGAGUCAAAGGCGGCUUCGUCGGAGUUUUUCUUCACGUGGAUUAUGUAAGAGGUUUUCUCAUGGUCACAUGAGAGGAGUGGAUAUAAUUAUCCCCAUAUCACUGCCAAAGUGGAAGCCAAAAAACAAAAAAAGAAAGUGGAUCGACAGACCCGUUUUGCAGUCGUUCACGCCAGAACAAAGUGGGCUUCGACCUGCACAAUAUCCAGCAGACCCACCGGUCACCCCAGCCCCCCGACCGAUUCGGCGUUGUUCCCGCACAAUACCCGACGCCACCAUCUCCGCCAACGCCUCCAUUGCCCCCCUUGCCUGCGGCACCGCGGACAAGGUCGUUGCCUUCGAGAGCUCCAAUUUCUUCUCCUUGAUCCACCUCCAGCCCAUCCCCCUGAAGACAUUGGUUCUAUCUCUCUCUCUAUGUCGAGCUCUUUCGUCUAGUUCGAUUGGGUUGGGUCGCGAAGUGCUCGCCAAAGUUUGA